AAAGCCUGGACCAAAAGUAACCGGACGGAGUGUUAAGAGUCACGGACAUAAGCGCUACAACAAGCACUGCAGCAGCAAUGAGUGAAGAUAACAGACAUGUCGUUUAUAUUUAACUGGAUCUACAGAAGCCUCAGUGGUGUGCUGCAGUUACUAGGUUUGUAUAAGAAGUCUGGGAAGCUGGUGUUCCUUGGUUUGGACAAUGCUGGGAAAACAACACUACUGCACAUGCUCAGAGAUGACCGACUGGGACAGCAUGUGCCAACACUACAUCCCACAUCAGAAGAGUUGACCAUUGCUGGGAUGACAUUCACAACGUUUGAUCUUGGUGGUCACACACAAGCCAGAAGAAUCUGGAAGAACUACCUCCCAGCUAUAAACGGUAUAGUCUACCUGGUGGAUUGUGCAGACCAUGAGAGACUACAAGAAGCCAAAAUUGAACUGGAUGCGCUGUUAACAGACGAGACCAUCUCCAACGUGCCUGUACUUAUCCUCGGAAAUAAGAUUGACCGUCCAGAAGCAAUCAGUGAAGACGCACUCAGAGGGAUGUUCGGACUCAUUGGACACACUACCGGAAAGGGUAAUGUGUCACUGAAGGAGCUGAACCUGAGGCCCAUGGAGAUCUUCAUGUGCAGUGUUCUGAAGAGGCAGGGAUACGGAGACGGUUUCCGCUGGCUCUCACAGUACAUUGACUGAUCAAUCCAUCACUAUUUCUCUUACCUGAUUCACACUAUAGAGCCAACCAUACCUUACUGGGUGGGAUAGAUAAUUUCAUUUGAAAUGGUCCUUUCCAGCAUGGUUCCAGCAACUAUGAUGGAUGUGUAACCAGUUCAGGUCAGCCAAGAGGACAUGCCUCACAAAUCUACCUGCUGUAAAAGCUAUUAACUGCUAGCGUGCUAUAUUUAUUGUAAUUUUUACGUUUGAGAGAGUGUGCCUUCAAUAAGUAAAUAUAUUUCUAAGAAAAAUAUAUUUUUAUUGAUACAGUAUUUAUACUCUUGUGUUUUGGACAUAUGUUUUUGGGUUCAAACAGUGUUGAAAUAUGCAGGGUUAGUGAUUGUUUGAUAACCCUCAAACAGUAUAAUCUAUUAAUAAUUGGUACACCAUUUUAUAGUCUGAGGCCUAUGUAGUGAAUUCAAACUUCAAGACCUGCAAACCUGAUAUUGUGUAGUUUACACAUUGCUUAGUUUUCAAUAAUUAUCUGUUACUUUCUGAAAGUACUGUGGUGGUGUGCAUUUUGAAUGAUUCCUCAUGAUGUCAGUCAAACAGUUUUAUUAUUAUUACAGUACUAUUUCCCCUCCCAAUUAUUAUGAAGUUACAGGGUAGGACAUGCCAUUGCUUUGAACCAGUUCUUAACCCUGUUUAUUUUUAAGUUGCUGGCAUUGGAUUACAGAGGAGGGGUUAUCGGUGUAACAGUUCCGCGUUUAUGUAUUUUCGCCAUUGCUGCUCUCUCCUUCCACGUACUACAUACCAGGCCUGGGUGCACAUACUAUUAGAAAUGUUUUACAUACUUUGAGCAUUUGCUUUAGCCUGCCUGGAUUGCCAGGUUUGUACUUCUGCGACUUUUCUGUUGGUUGUAUUGCAACAGGCAAGCUCAAUCAACAUUUAUUCUAAGAAUUUUUCUUUUCAAAUGCAUAUUAUAAAAGGAAAGCAAUGGUGCCCUAAACAUACAGUAUUUUAGUGUACAAAGCAAAACACGGAAUCUAUGCAGAUGAUGUUUUAUUACAUGGCUAUUCUAGUAGAAUUCUCCUUCCUUCAAGAAUAAUAGUCUCACUCAUAGAUAGCCUAUUAUUCUGUUCUAUAUGUAAUUCUAUGGUCUCACCCCUCAAUAUAGCAGCACUCCUCAAGACAUGCUAUUUCAGGUUAUUUGUGCAUUAGAAAUACAGUUACAGUGGGGGAAAAAAGUAUUUAGUCAGCCACCAA